CCUUCCCUCUCCUUCCUUUAAGUCAAAUCGUUCCCCACAAGCAAACUCUACCACCAACCACUCCACCCAUGGAACUCCAAUUCCAGCAACACCAAGUCCCAAUCUCCAAGCCCACCAAGUUCAGAGGGAGGACCAAGAGCAGCAGCACCAAAUUUGUUGGUGUGAGGCAAAGGCCCUCAGGUAGAUGGGUAGCAGAGAUCAAGGAUACCACACAGAAGAUUAGGAUGUGGCUUGGGACCUUCGAGACCGCCGAGGAGGCAGCCCGAGCCUACGAUGAGGCCGCCUGCCUCCUCCGAGGGUCCAACACCCGCACCAACUUCAUCACCCAUGUCUCCACCAACUCCCCGCUAGCCUCGAGGAUUCGCAACCUCCUCAGUCACAAGAAGCUCGGCAAAAAUGGAUCUCAACCUCAUCAUCCCGCCAGCAAUCCUCAAAGCUAUUGCACCUCCACUCCUGCCGCCAGUCCUAGUAUCAGCACUAGUUCGAGCACAACCACAACUGAAGGCAGUGGUGGUACUGGUGCUGCUGCUCUUGGUCAUGAUAAGAAACAUGACAUGCAGAAAACUGAUGAAGUCUACAGGCCAUGCUUCAGCAAUGGUGUAGAAGAACUCGAUUUGGGCUCUUCACCAUCAGAUAAUUCAUGGUUAUUUGAAUCUGGAUUCGACCGUUUGCUCGAUGGAUUCGAAUUGCCUGAUGCAAGCUCGGAGCUCUCAGAGUUCGAUAGGAUGAAGGUGGAAAGGCAGAUAUCGGCAUCACUCUAUGCGAUGAAUGGACUUCCGGAGUACUUCGAGACGGUGCAUGAUCCCUCUGAUUCUUUAUGGGACCUUCCCUCUAUAUGUCACUUGUCCUGCAGCACUUGAUGUAGUUUGGUCACCUACCUUCUCCUUCUUUCUCCAUCUUUUUCUUUUUUUUUUCUUCUAUGAGAACGCUUAUUGUGGUUUGCUUGUAUGGAGAUAUCUUGGUGAGCAGGAGGUGUCAUGCAGCUUAGAAUUGAAUGCCAGGAUUCAUUUCCAGAUUCA